AUGAAGCGAGCAUGUGAAUUUGACGAUGUGGAAAGCGGUAGAUAUCGAGAAGGUGCCAUACAGACUUGGGUAGCGGUGGGCGAGUGUUCGCUCGCACUAGGGUUGAUUAUGGCGGCUAAGCAAAGUUUCGAAAAUGCCAUGAAACACGAUCCCCUGAACAGCCGGGCGCUAGUGGGAUUCGCUUCCUCAUUGAGAAUGGAGGACGGAAAGACGAAGAAUAGACAGCAGAUCAAAAAAGGAUCGGGGAGUCGAGAGGCGGCUGAUAGGUUGACCAUGGCAUUAGAAAAGUACCCACACGUCACUCAUACAGCAGAGGUGAUGCGGGAGUUGGGAGAAUGUUAUUUAGCAAUGGGGAUGGUAGAACAAGCACAUCUGGCGGUACAGCGAGGCCUCCAGGCUGAAGAAACCCACAUUGGAUUGUGGUUGCUUAAUGGACAAGUUUUGCAUCAGGCAGGCCAUGGACCGCAAGCGAUAGAUGGGUUGAGACGGUGCUUAAGUCUCUUACCUCGGUCGUUGGAAAAAUGCUCUCGGGAUGAUAUCAAUAUUGCCAGAAUGGCACACACGGAGUUGGCGACUAUUGCAACAAUCGAUGGUAAUAUCGAAGGUGCUGUUGCUGAGUUGGUGACAGCGUUGUCGUUACCGCCACCGCUGUUGGAGAACAUAGACGAACAUAUAUCAUUGUGGUGUGCGUUAGCCACAGCAAGAGAGCGGGCCAAUGAUUUAGUGGGGGCCUUACAAACUUGUAAGGAGGCAGAGACAGUGGUAGGUAACUCACCCAGAAUCAUGUUGAUUCAUUCCUACUUAAUUCUCAGCAUGGACGAUAGCUAUGCACACACGGCUAUUGACUUGUUGGAAACGUUUGUCAAAUCGGAGGGUGAACAUGCGCAGGCAAACGAUGAGGGUGAUUUUUUGCCUUGGUAUCUCAUGGGAAAGGCAUACUCGAAAUUGGAUUCGCCUAGAGCGGCAUACGAUUCAUACCAAGUAGCAUUCAGACGGGCACCCAAGUCUCCGAUACCAUGGUUAGCGAUUGGUAAAUUAUAUUUGCAGUUGAAUCAAUUACCAGACACUUUAGCGGCUUAUUCGCAAGCAUUAAGAUUGCAGGUCGACGAAAAAUCGCCUGCCACCGCCACUGCAUGGGAUGGUCUCAGCUGUGUUUAUGAGAGGUCAAAUGGCCAGUUGAUGGAUGCAGCAGAUGCUUGUAAUCGUGCAGCAGCUUGCUUUAGGCUUGCGGGCGAUGCUGAUAGUGCUCACUUCUUCGAGGAUAGAACUAGACAAUUGCAAAUGGCGGCAAAUAGAGAGGGCCCGGUACCUCCAUUGCGAGAUGCCCCCGAUGUUCCAAACUCAUUAUUACGCGAGCUUGUUGCUAUGUCACCUUCCGAAAGAAUUGCCUUCGUUCAAGGUGCUGAGAUAUCACACACCAAUCAACCGCCUCUGCAAAAUGACAAUUCCCCUAUUACUCAACAGCAAAGACUGCAAACCCCAACGAAUGGCUCUGUGAGAACACCUCAACCACAUCCACAGCAGCCCGUAGCACCACAACAUUAUCAAGUACAACAGCCAUAUAAACAAUUGCAUGAGAAUUCCCCAAGACAAAAUAUAGCGCCCCCUCAUCAAAUGUGGUCCCCAAAUCAACAGCCACCUCAACAGAGACAGUAUGUUCCUAACAUCCCACCUCCUUCUAUGGCCAAUCCGAAUCAUUAUCCGCAUUACUUUUAUCAACAACCUCACACAAAUGGACUUCCUCCUGGGGCAAUCCCUGCUCGUAAUCCUCAGAUGUUACAAAGAUCACCCUUGAACAAUCCUCAGAUGAUUCGCAAUGAUCUUCCACAGCAAAUGGGUCCUAAUAUGGGCCCAGGUCAACCACCUCCACCACCGCCACCAGGCUACGCAUAUGGUCAGUAUGUACCGAUGCAAGGAACCAUGCCUUACCCACCUCCAGCAAACAACUGGGGUAAAUGA